AACCCUGUCAAAGGAACCUCAUAGCCAGCAACAUGGUUGAGUGGACAGACUUUGAACGCGCCACAAUCCAAAGCAUCUUCUCAAAGAUGGACUACGAUGACGUGGGCCCCGCGGCUCUUUCCAAAUACACAUCUCCAAACGACAAAAUCAUUUAUUUCUGGGCGUUGAGUGUAUGCAUAUAUCACAACGCCGCUGCCAUUCAGGGAAACCCAAUGGUCGCCGCUCACGGAAAGACCGUCCUGCACGGACUGGACCGGGCUGUCAAGAACUUGGAUGACAUCAAGGCCACCUACGCAGAGCUGAGCGUGCUGCACUCCGAGAAACGACACGUGGAUCCCGACAACUUCCGGCUGCUGGCUGACUGCCUUACUAUUGUUGUUGCUGCGAGAAUGGGUGCUGACUUCACCGCUGAUGUCCAGGGUGCUUUCCAGAAGUUCCUGGCUGUGGUGGUGAGCUCCCUGGGCAAACAGUACCACUAGAGCCCCUCCACUCAGAGACGGACGACCAUCAGAGGACCAACAAGCUCAGAGGACCAACAAGCUCAGAGGACCAACACGCGCUGAUCAUUUGUUUAGAGGCACAUGUUGUUCCUUCUACUAAAGCAAAUAAAAUC